AUGGAUAGGAUCCCCCAAAAGAUACCGACCUCCAUAGGUGCAAUAUCUCAGCUGUCUCCUUCCUCCUCCAAGUUGCUUGCUGCUGCAUUCACUCCCCAUGGUCCUCGAGUCGAGGACCGGGCCACUAACCAAAUUCUAACCCAUCUCCACAUUGGAACCCCUCCGAUCACAAGAACCUUCAUCGUCGACCUCGCCGGCCAAAUCCCCUGGCUCGACUGCUACACCACGGCUAAAUACUCUGCAUCCACUUCCUCCACUCACCGCCUCGCCAAAUGCGGCUCCGCCCCUUGCUCCGUCACCGCAGCUGCCUGCUCUGGCAUCUGCCGCUCCGCCUCGGGACCCAGCUGCCACAACAACACCUGCCAGCUCAAGACCCGAAACCCGAUUCGCAACGCCGACAGUUUAUCCGAGGUCGCCGUCGAUACGGUCACGCUUCGCUCCACCAUCGGCGGUGGCAGGGCGGGCAAACACGUCUCCAUCCCCAAUUUCAUCCUCGCCUGCGACGAUUCCUACCACCUGGGCCACCUCGCCGCCGGCGUAGUCGGCUCAGUAGGUCUCGCAAGAAGCAGAGUCUCCGUCCCUUCCCAGCUCUCCUCAGCUGCAACCCUAGCCGCGAAAUUCGCGAUUUGCUUGCCCUCGUCCCCUGAUUCCAACGGAAUCAUGUUCUUCGGCGACUCCCCUUACGUUUUCUACCCUUCCGACAACGAAACCCGAUCAAUCGACGUUUCCUACAGACUAAUUUACACGAAGCUCCAUACCAAUUACCGCAGGACGACCGCCCCCGGCGCCCGCGGACCCGAAAUUCCAGACUACUUCGUCAAAAUCAGCUCGAUUCUGGUCGAGGGAUCACCGAUUCGGAUCAAUUCCACGCUGCUGGAGUUUCACCGGAGCGGAAUCGGAGGGACGAGGGUGAGCACGACGGAUCCGUACACCGUACUGGAGAGCUCGAUCUACAGAUCUCUGGUGAGGGCUUUCGAAAUCGAGGUGAUGAAGACGCCGAGGGUGAAGAAGGCGGCCGCGGUGGCGCCGCUCAGGAACUGCUACGAGAAGGGCGAUCUGCCGAUGUCGCUGAGCGGGCUCUCGGUGCCGGAGAUCGCCCUGGUUUUCGAGAACGCGGAUGUGAAGUGGGAUAUCUUCGGGGUGAAUUCGGUGGUGGAGGUGAGCGAGGAGGUGUUUUGCCUGGGGUUUGUGGACGGCGGGCCGAUGACGGCGAAGGGGGCCACGGUGGCGGCGGUGAUCGGAGCGUAUCAGAUGCAAGGGGUUCUGGUUCAGUUCGAUUUGGGGUCCGGGACGAUGGGUUUUACUAACACGCUUUUGGCUGAGAGCGUCGAGUGCUCCAACUUCCGUUUUUAG